UUAUCAAAAUAUUAUUAAUUAUAACUCUUUAUGUAAAAAUAAAAAUAAAAAUAAAAUGUUAGUAUUAAAUAAGAAAAAAAAUAGAAAAAAAAUUGAGAAAUAUAUUUAAUUAUCUUCCACGAGCAUGAAAUAUUUUACUAAAAUCUUAUUGCAAAAAACAGCUACCCCCCUCACAAGCAAGUCGCGUCUAAUCCUUAACAAGCAGAUGGUUUUCGUCCCUCAAUCUUGCUCUCUCCAUUAUAUAUAUAUCUUGCUUGAGGUUUGGAAAACCACACAGCCUGUUCUUGCUUCCUCUCCUCUCAUUACAUACUGCUGCACAAGUGCAAGCAAAUCCAAACCAACCGUUGAAAAGAUCAUCGACUUGUUUAUAUAUAAUCUUUCAAGCACCCCCACGUCCAGCUAGCCCAGAAAUCAUUUCAAGAAAGAUGAAUAGCAGUCGUCCUGUAGAGCACUCAUCAGCAACAGUUUUUGGUGGGUUUGCUCUCAUUUUUGGAAUAUCCAUAGGUGUUGUUUCAGCAAUAGCAAUGGUCAUUCUUGUUUACUAUUUCUGCACACGGAAACCAAUACCAAAUGACCCUUCUGUGGACGAUGGCUCCUCAUCUGAUGGCGAUCCUGUUACUAUUAAAAUAGGCCUGGAUGAAGCCACUCUUGAUACCUAUCCAAAGCUGCUUUAUUCUGAAGCAAAGGAAAGGCUUGAAAAGGGUGAUGAUUCGGUCGCUGCUUCCAAUUGCUCAAUUUGCUUGGCAGACUAUACAGAUAGUGACUUGCUGCGGCUGUUGCCUGAGUGUAAUCACCUUUUCCAUUCACAGUGCAUUGAUCCAUGGUUCAAGCUGCAUACUACUUGCCCCGUAUGUCGAAACUCGCCUUCCAGGCCACCUCAGCGAGAAUUCUUUGGUACAUGGUUUCUACGGUUUGUGCAUUAAGAGGUUUUGCUGGAAAACUUAUUCUGACUGCAGAAAUUUUCUUAAGACCUUUGUAAUUGUGCAAACUACAAAGUUUUGCAGCUAAUAAAGCCAAGUAUUGUAAAAAAACACAAUCCAUCAGAUGCAAGGAUGCAGCCGAAAUGCCAUGGAAAUUAGACCAUGAUUCAUUUGCGCAUAACAAGGUACUCGAAAUUAGACCUUCAACACAUGAUUCUGAUCGGCAGUUGUUCAUUAUUUUGUCCUGAAUGCAAAUACAUUUAUACAUUAUCAACCAAUUACUGCUCUUUGCGCGGCAGAGGUUAAACAA